AUGGCCCACCGUCGGAAGUUCAUACUCGUACUUGCGAAGGCUCUGCUCACGUUCGGCGCUCCUUCUCAUCGAAUCAACUCUCAGCUGGCUGCCGCCUCAGGGAUCUUAGAGGCCAACGCGGAGUUCAUAUAUAUACCAAACAUUAUUAUCGUCUCGAUGAAGAACGAUGGCGAGAGGAACACGACUACUCGCUUCGUCCGCGUCUCUGGCCGCAUAGCUCUCUCUGCUCUGCACAAGGUGCACCUCAUCUACCGUAGCGUCUUACGCGACAAGGUCGGCGUCACGGAGGCAACUCAUGCUCUCAACGAUCUUCUACGAACCGGGCCUAUCUAUCCACUGUUUGUGCGCUGCGUCUUGGCUUUCUGCAUGGGGACCAUUCUCUGUGGGCUUUCCUUCGGUGGUUCUAUUCUCGACAUGAUCAUCAGUGGUCUCUGCGCGUGCGCUCUCCAGUACCUUGGGCUCAGCGCGGUCAAUAAGAGUUCCGUGUACGCGAACGUCUACGAGAUUUCGGUGACAAUUCUCGUCGCUUUCGUCGCUCGGGCUCUGGGGAGCAUUCCCGGUCAUCCAUUUUGCUACAAUGCUAUAUCUUCCUCUGGGAUCGUCCUCGUUCUUCCGGGAUUUACAGUUUUGAUGAGCUCCCUCGAACUAAUGUCAAGAAAUAUAUUUUGCGGGUCAGUCAGGAGCGUUUACGGUGGCAUAUACACACUCUUUCUGGGCUUUGGGUUGUCUAUAGGGUCUGACAUGUUCUUGGUCAUUGAUCGCCAUGCUCGCAAGGAAUACUACGCCACCUUCAUGUACAAGCUCAACCAUACGCACGGCCACUUCACCAUGGUGAACGGGACCGCGCCAUUCAUACCCAUCGGUGGCGUACUAUCUACAGGCAGUAUGGCCAGCUAUCAGCUUGAGCAUCUUACGCAUGGCUGCUUUCGAGAACCAGACUGGCCGUGGUGGAAGCAGCCGCUCCCUUGGUGGACGGCAUUCUUCCUUGUCCCGCUAUACUCCACAUGCUCGUCCCUCAACAACCUGCAGUCAUAUCGAAGUAAACAACUACCGAUCAUGGUCAUCUUCUCCUGCUGUUCGUACACGGCAAACCGCCUAGUUUCCACCGUCCUUCCGGGCCGACCAGACUUAGUCGCUGCUACCGGAUCCUUCGUGAUAGGCAUACUGGGAAACCUCUACUCGCGCAUCGCGCAUGGGACGGCCUUUACGUCGAUGGUGACUGGGGUCCUUUUUCUAGUACCGUCUGGCAUUGCGCAGUCUGGCGGGGUCGCGCAGACAUAUCAUAGUUCUGCCGAGCAGUACAACAGCGGCUUCACGCUCGCUGUUCGCAUGAGUUGCGUUUCUAGCGGGGUCACCAUCGGUCUGCUGGUCAGUCAGGUUAUUGUAUACCUCUUCGGGCGUAGGAAGAAUGCGGCGCACUUCGCUUUCUGA